AUGCUGUGGCUGAUUUGUGGCCAGCCGUGUGAAUGGCCAGCUCAUCGGAGUCGUGUGUUCCACAUAUAUAUAGUGGACCAUGUCGGAGGGGACGGUAGUCAGUCAGCGCCCAAGAUGCCAUCCAAUCAGUAUCACCUGCUGCAGCUGCAUCUGCUCCUCUCCGCCUUGCUGCUGACCUGCGGCCAAAGGACACCGGUUCGCGUUCCACCGCGGGAUCUGCAGCUGCCCAACUUUGGGGGCGAGAGCUUCGAGAGAUUCGACACCGGAUCGGCAACCACAUCGGCAUCGACGUCGACGUCGAGCAGCGGAAGCAGCGAGAGCCAGGAGACCAGCGAGGAGAUGCGGGAGCAACUGAAGCAGCUUCUGGGCGACCAACUGGCCACCGCCUUUGCCCCCCUGGGCACCACGCCAUUCACCAGGCGGCAGCCGGCCAUUGCGUCACCCAGCUCGGGGGCAGCUGCUCGUUCCCAGUUCGCCAACGAUCCGGAUCAGGGCCAGGAAGUGGAAUCCCCGGAACAGGACAACGAGCAGGAGGAGGAGGAGGAGGAAGAGGAGGCAGAGGAGGAGGAGCCGGAACAGGAGGCUACUCCACAACCUCCAGCUCUUUCGCAAGCGGGAGGCGCCGUAGAGGAGCCAGCUGGUGGUCAGGUGGAGGAGGAGGAGCCAGAGGACUAUAAUGCCUGGCGCGACAAUUUCUACGAACUCAACGAGGACGGAAGCUAUGUCUUUGGCUACUCCAUUCCGCACGGCAUUCGUCGCUGGGAGAAGGGCUACUAUUCGGAGGAGCAACAUGGUCGCGUGGUCGAGGGCUUCUAUGUCCAGCCCCGCCACGAUGCCCAGGGCCUGAGGUACGAGCUUCGAUGCUACACAGCCGAUUCCGAGGGCUAUCAGCCACUGCCAGUGGAGUUUCUGAGGACGCCGCCCAUCGUAGUGCGCGAUGUAGUGCCGCGUGUCAAUUGCUUUCGAAAUGCUAAAAAAUAAUAUGGCAAAAUAAACCGGAAAUAAUCAGGAAGCAACCACUCAACGUGUGAAUUGCAAACGCACCAAGAAAUUAUAAUUAACUGAAGAAAGUAGCAGUGUUAAUUCAUCGACUGUUUCAAUUUUUUUGUGCACGAAUGUAAAUAUAUGUCUGGAAAAUCUC